AUGAGCUUCUUCUGUACCUUCAUUUAUUCUUCUAAUGACCUGAAUGAUAGAUACAAAUUGUGGGAUGAUUUAAUUAGAAUUGGGGAUAGGAUCUCUUUGCCUUGGAUUGUGUGUGGGGAUUUCAAUAAUCCUUUGAAUUUUGGAGAUAGAUUGGGAGCUCCCAUUUCUGCUGCUAAAAUUGAGGGUUUUAAGAAUUGUGUUGCCCUGUGCGGGCUCUCUGAUAUUAAAUCUGAUGGUUGUUUUUUCACUUGGAAUAAUAAGCAAAGUGGUAGUGCUAGGUUCUUUAGUAAAAUUGAUAGAGUUUUGGGAAAUGAUGAAUGGAUGUCUACUUUUCCAGAUUCUCUUGCUCAAUUUCUUCCCGAGGGUCUCUUUGAUCAUUGUCCUGCUAUUGUUUGUGCUCAGAAACUUCUCCCCUCGGGUAAGAGACCUUUUCAGUACUUCAACAUGUGGGGUCUUGACCCUUCUUUCUUAGACAGAGUUAAGGAGAGUUGGGAUGUUCCCUUAUAUGGUGUCCACAUGUAUCAGUUGUUCUCUAGACUCAAAAGGGAUUGCCAAGAGAAACUCCAUGCUUCUCCUGGGGAUCCUUCUAUGUCUUCUCUUGAGUCUGUUGCUGUUGAGAGCUAUAGAGUUGCCGAUACUGCUUUCCUUAGUUUCUUGAGGCAAAAAAGUAAACUUUAUUGGUUAAAAGAUGGUGAUGCGAACACUAGCUUUUUCCAUCGAAGCAUUAAGUUGAGAAGGCAGUUUAAUAGCAUCCAUUCUAUCCAAGAUGGAAGUGGAAUUUGUAUUCAUUCCCCUGAUGGUGUUACCAAUGCUUUUGUCAUGUAUUACAAAUCUUUGUUGGGGGCCACCCUUGAUCAUAGAGAACCUGUGAGGGUUUCUGUGGUUCAAUUAGGCUCUAUUGUUCCUGAUUCUUUGCAUGCUGUUCUCUGUGCUCCUUUCUCUGAUGUGGAUAUUCAGAAAGAUAUGUUCUCCAUUGAUGGGAAAAAAGCUCCGGGUCCUGAUGGCUUUACAAGUCAAUUUUUCAAGGAUUCUUGGUCUGUUGUUGGUCUAGAUGUUUGUAAUGCUGUGAAGGAUUUAUUUCUCAGUGGGAAACUUUUGAGAGAGAUCGAUGCCACCAGCAUUACGUUGGUUCCUAAAAGUUCUCACCCUACCUCUGAUGGAUUUUAG